AUGAGGUCUAAUGGGGUUGAAGAGAACAGAUUCACUUUUCUUUUUGUGCUUAAAACUUAUAGUAUGAAACUGUAUUAUGUCGAAGGAAAAGUAAUUCAUGGGAUGGUUUUAAAAUUGGGUUUUGAUUAUGAUGCGUUUAUUAAUAAUGCUUUGAUCAAUUUAUACUCGAAAUGUCAAGAUUUUUGGAGUGCACGUAACUUGUUUGAUGAAAUGCCUGUGAAUAAUGUUGUCAAUUGGAAUACUUUGAUAACAUCGUGUUUCAGUUGUGGAGAUUUGGAGAAUGCACGUAAGUUGUUCGAUGAAAUGCCUGAAAGGAAUACAGAGUCGUGGAAUGCUAUCAUUGCUGGGUAUUGCAAGUUGGGUCAAGCUGAUGUUGCUAGAAUUUUGUUUGAUGAAAUGGAAGAGAGGGAUUUAGUGUCAUGGUCGUCGAUGAUUUCUGGUUACUUGCAAUGUGGAAUGGCAGGAAAAGCUUUGGAAUUAUUCAAGGAAAUGCAGUUUGUGGGGAUCAAACCAGAUAGCAUGAUAAUUACAAGUGCUCUCACAGCUUGUGCUCAAAUGGGAGCACUAGCUAUGGGGAAAUGGAUUCAUGCAUAUACAAUUCGACAUAAGCUUGCAGCUGAUGUUCACUUGGGAACCGCGCUUGUGGACAUGUAUGCCAAAUGUGGAAGUAUUGACAUAGGUAUGCAGCUAUUUCGCGGUAUGGACAGCAAAAAUAGAUGCACUUGGAAUGCUAUGUUAUCAGGGCUUUCUGACCACGGCCAUGGUUUAACUGCUCUGGAGCUUUUCAGGGAAAUGGAGUCUGUUGGAGUGGCACCGGAUGAUGCAACUUUAGUUGCUGUUUUAUCCGCUUGCAGUCAUGCUGGUGCCAUUGACGAGGGAAGGAGGCAAUUCAAUAGAAUGCAAAGAGAUUUUAAGAUUGCACCAAGGAUUGAGCAUUAUGGGUGCAUGGUCGAUAUCCUUGGCCGAGGGGGGCUUGUGAAAGAAGCUAAGGAGCUCAUUAGAAGCAUGCCCAUGAAACCAAAUAUUGUCAUUUUGGGUGCUUUCCUUAAUGCUUGCAGGAUUCAUGGUUAUAUGGAUAUUGAUGGUGACAUGGUAAAUCAACUUUGUCAUGUGGCAUCGGAUUAUGGCGGAGCUUAUGUGCUUUUAUCAAAUAUAUUUGCAGCUAAAAGUGAUUGGGAUUCAGUGGCGGGUUUGAGGGAGAAAAUCCGUGAAAAUAAGUCUGAGAAGAAAACUCCAGGUUGUAGUUCAAUUGAAGUGAACAGCAUGGUGCAUGAGUUCUUUGUAGAAGACAGGUCACAUCCGAAAUGGAUGGAGAUUAAUGAGGUAAUAUUGGGACUUAAACAUCAUUCAGAACCUGAGGAUCAUGUAUGA